UAUUAGUUGGUGAAGAAAAAGAAAAUGGAAAUGGUUGGAAAAAAGAAGAAGAAAGGAAGGGGGAGAGCAGCAGUAGUAGUACUUGGUGAUAUUGGUCGCAGCCCUCGUAUGCAGUAUCAUUCCCUUUCUCUUGCUCUUCAGGCAAAUCUUGAGGUCGAUAUCGUUGCAUAUGGAGGAUCUGACCCACAUUCUGCUCUACUGGAAAACCCAUCUAUUCAUAUUCAUACAAUGAGGCAAUGGCCAUCAAAUAAUGGGAUUUUACCGAAAAUAUUUCGUCCAUUUAUGCUUCUGCUAAAGCCGUUGAUUCAGUUUGUAAUGCUUCUUUGGUUUCUUUGUAUUAAAAUAAAGGCCCCGGAUGUGUUUAUAGUGCAGAAUCCACCUUCUGUUCCAACUUUGGUCGCUGUGAAAUGGGCCAGCUGGCUGAGGCAGUCCUCCAUCAUUAUUGAUUGGCAUAACUUUGGAUAUACUUUGCUUGCAUUAUCUCUUGGCAGAAGUAGUCGCUUUGUAGCAGUAUAUCAUUGGGUAGAAUUACAUUUUGGAAAGUUGGCUAAUGGAUCACUAUGUGUCACGAAAGCAAUGCAACAUGAGUUGGAACAAGUUUGGGGAAUCAAAGCAACGGUGUUAUAUGAUCAGCCUCCCGAGUUUUUCCGUCCAGCUCAGCUUGGAGAAAAGCAUAAGUUGUUUUGUAGAAUUAAGAACGAUAUGUUCCAGCCAAACAGUCCUGUAGACUGCAUCAGCUACGGCAUAACUAGUCAUGAUAUGCAAGAUCCAAAUAAAACUCUGUUUACAAAUAAGGUUGAAGAGGAUUAUCACUUGAAGCAGAAUAGACCUGCUCUUAUUGUUAGCAGUACAAGCUGGACUCCAGAUGAGGAUUUUGGCAUUCUUUUGGAAGCAGCAGUGAUGUAUGAUAGACGUGUUGCUGCAUUACUAAAUGAGAAUGAUUCAAAUGGGGAUGAGGUUUUGUGGAAGGCCAUUGAUGAAGGGAAGACAUUUCAAUAUCCAAGGUUAUUAUUUGUUAUCACAGGGAAAGGACCUGAGAAAGGGAAGUACGAAGAGAAGAUAAAGAAACUGAACCUCAAACGUGUAGCUUUCCGUACCAUGUGGCUAUCACCAGGGGAUUACCCAUUGCUUCUUGGAUCGGCUGAUCUUGGUGUAUGCUUGCAUACUUCUUCAUCAGGGCUGGAUCUCCCAAUGAAGGUUGUAGACAUGUUUGGAUGUGGCCUCCCUGUUUGUGCUGUUUCUUAUUCUUGCAUCACAGAGCUUGUAAAAGUAGAUAAGAAUGGCCUACUCUUUUCAUCAUCUUCGGAGCUGGCUGAUGAACUCAUGAUGCUCUUCAAGGAUUUUCCCAAUGAAUGUGAUACUUUAAAAACGUUGAAGAAUGGAGUUCUGGAAAUGGGGUCAUCUGCAAGGUGGGCUACUGAGUGGGAAGCAAAUGCAAAGCCAUUGAUAUCCCAGGUGAUCUCUGGUGAUACAAGUUGAUUUUAUGAGGAUCCGAGAGUGAUGGCACCAAUCUUUUAAGGGUUCCUACCCAAUCCAUAUAGAAGAAAGAACCCACUACUUUUGAAGAGAUUUCAGUUCUUAAUUCGGAAGUUUUAUUACUUGAUAGUAAAUGAAGAUAUGUCAAACCACUUUAUGAUUUUAUAGAAAAUGAAGAUAUGCCGAGCUA